AUGUUAAUUGAAUCAGAAAUACGUGAGAAAGCCUAUCGUUUGGUGACAUUUUCGGCGGUGACAUUUUCAUUUGUGGCAAUUCUUGCCGUUUUUAUCACUCUACCAAUGGUUAACAAUUAUAUCAAUUCAAUAAAUAUGCGAGUACAAUCAGAAAUGGACUUUUGUAAGUUAUCAGUUCGUGAUGUGAUGAUGGAAGUGAAUGAGUAUCGAGCAGGACCACGAGGUGCAACACCGAUAUUUCAAAAACUUCUACACAAUCAAACCAUCAUUGCUGGUCGAGCUAAAAGACAAAGCAGUCGUUGUGAAGGUUGUUGCUUACCAGGACUUCCCGGUCCAGAUGGCCCUCCAGGCAAACAUGGUAUUCCUGGACGUCCAGGUGCACCUGGAGCCCCAGGAUUUCCCGGAAGACCUCCAGCAAUUUGUGAGGAAGCAGUCGAACCGCCAUGCUCACCCUGUCCACCAGGAGAACCGGGACCGCCAGGAUCUCCAGGCGACCAAGGGAAUGCUGGCCCACCUGGAUAUCCAGGUCGAAAUGGUAAUGAUGGGCCACCAGGACCACAAGGUCCUCCAGGACAACCUGGACCACCAGGAGAACCAGGACGUGAGGGUCCAAGAGGAGAGCCGGGACGACCAGCUAUGAGUUCACCAGCAACACCCGGUGAUCCAGGUCCGCCCGGUGAACCCGGACCACAAGGAUUGCCUGGUGAACAAGGUCCAACAGGACGUCCUGGAUCGGAAGGUCCGCAAGGACUGCAAGGACCACCAGGACCACCCGGCCAACCAGGUCAACCAGGUGAGGAUGGACAACCAGGACCACCAGGACAUCCCGGACCACAAGGUGAACGUGGUAUUUGCCCAAAGUACUGUGCUUUGGAUGGUGGCGUUUUCUUCGAAGAUGGUACAAGACGCUGAAGAAUCUGACAAGAAAUCCUGCAAGAUUGCUCACUUCUAUGAAUUCCUUCAAUAUUCCUUACUUAUUCAAUGAAAUAAUCCACUGUUUCUUUGUUAAAAUCUGCGCUAUGUCUCCAUAUUUUCCGGAUCA